GGGUGCAGUAGCACCAAGGAGCCUGCAGGGGAGGCUAGGCCGGGAGGCUGCGGCCGUUCGCGCCGUCCUCCCGGCCAGACCAGCAGCUGCGGUUUAAACCUGCAGCUCUCCCCGCCUCCCUAGUCGCGGUCUUUCCCGGCCAGUUUUCUGUCCCCUCUCUCUCGCCGUACCGGACGCUUUGUGUCAAUUUCCUGGCUCCUGUUACUUUGUGUCAAUGGGGAGCUGAGCCGGAGAAGAGGAUGAGCAGGUGGUCCAGGUGGCUGCGGCUUCCCUAGUGCUGCGAGGCGAGCAAAGGGAGGGCGAGGCCGACCAGGAGGAAGAGGUGGAGGAAAAAGGUGGGGGCCCUCAGCCUGCUCGCCUCCUGCUGCCCUCCUGGCCGCCUUUGUUCCGGAACCUCUGCCCGGGGCUGCUCUCCAGCACCAGCUGUCCGCUCCUCCUCCCUGAGCGAGCCGGGCUGGGCGGCUCUCCGGGAUCCCCACCGUGAGCACAGCCCCUACCGAGGCAGAAGCAGGAGCCGGAGAGAGGAGGCAGCGCUUCCAACAUGGCUGAAAUCAGCAUCGACCAGUCCAAGCUUCCUGGAGUGAAAGAAGUGUGCCGGGACUUUGCCGUCUUAGAGGACCAUACACUGGCACACAAUCUCCAGGAGCAAGAAAUUGAACAUCACUUGGCAUCCAACGUGCAGCGAAACCGCCUGGUUCAGUAUGAUCUUCAGGUAGCCAAGCAACUUCAGGAGGAGGAGGACCUGAAGGCCCGGGCUCAUAUCCAGAAACGCUACAAAGACAUAGAACAGCAGGACUGUGAAAUCGCUCAGGAAAUCCAAGUCAAGCUGGUCAUUGAGGCAGAACGCAGGCGCCUUCAAGAAGAAAAGGAUGAGGACAUUGCACGCCUAUUGCAAGAGAGAGAGCUACAGGAAGAGAAAAGGCGGAAGAAGCGCUCCCCACAGUCCCCGGGGCCCAACACUUAUGAUGACAACUACUACCUGGCCAAUGGAGACCCUUCAAGGUCAAGGAGAAACAGGGAGCUGGGUUCUGAGCCCCCAAGGUCUCGAAGGCACCAAGAAGACAGGCCUGUGAGGCGGAGGAGGGACAGACCCAAUAGGCCUUCAGAAGACAUGGAAGAAUGCAAGGACCAGUACAUCGCGGAGAAUUCUGUGACAUCCCUCAGGCUUAGCAAGACAAGGGACAAUCCCCAGACUAGCUGGGAACUCCAGGAAAGGAAGCCCUCUGGUCAUGAGACGCUCCCAAGAUCUCCCCUUCCCAAGAUCAGUGGGGAAGUUCUCCUGAGCACUGAGUCUGAUGACUGGGACCGCAAACAUGGCCCUGGUUCUGUGAGGCAUUCCGACAACCCUCCAUCCCACCGCCAAGACCGACUCUCACCCAAGUGCUCCCAGAAGCCAGGGGCUCAUAGGAAAGAAGAAAGGCAUAAGAGAGACCGUGGGAUGGGGGAAUCAAGACAUAACAGGGAAGGUCACAGGACAAGGACACCUCUCUCCUCCCAGAGUGAGGAAAGGCACUGUUUCAAUGAAGCAGGAAUGAAGCCGAGGGUAACAAAAGAAGCCAUCUAUACACAGCCGAGAAUGGCCCACAGGGACCAGGAAUCGUAUGAUGCAGAAAUUGCCAGGAAGCUUCAAGAAGAAGAACUCAUGGCCAAUCAGGUGGACAAGAGAGCAGCCCAAGUGGCACAGGAUGAGGAGAUUGCCCGCAUGCUCAUGGCUGAAGAGAAGAAAGCCUACAAGAAGGCAAAGGAACGGGAGAAAUCCUCCUUGGAAAAGAGAAAGCAGGAUCCAGACUGGAAGUCCAAAACAUCAGAACCAGCGAGGCCAAAGUCAAGAGAAGCCCAUGAAACAACCUGGUCUAAGAAUGAUAAGCCGGCUCGGCCUCCACCGCCCACCAUGAUGGAUGCCGAGGACCCAGACUACACACAUUUCACAAACCAGCAUAGUUCCACGCGGCCGUUUUCCAAACCUGAGUCAUCUCAUAAAGGUCACCGUUCCAAGCAGUAAAGACAAAGAACUGGCCUCGAAUCUGCCUCCCUGUAGUCAAUAUUACUGGAUUAUAUCUGAUGCCUUCUUCAUUUUUUUUUGUUUUUCCUCCUAAGUUUGCAUCACCAGAACUGUGUCCUCUAAAUUCUCCUGUGGCCAUUCAAAGUAUUUGUUCAUUUCCAAGGUUCUAAUUCCUCCAGCUGACUUGGGCAGUAUAAUAAUCUCUAGAGCCGGGCUGCUGCCUCAGUGUAGCCACUCCUUUGGGUGAAGGGUUAAUUUCAGAGGUCUUUGAAAUCCCAUUUUGGUACAACCUAGCAGAGGGAAGAGGUUGCUUUGAUCCCCCGUAAUAUUUAUCAAAGGAGGCCUUGGCUGCAGCCACACAGAACAAAUCCUGGAAGAAAUAAUUUCAGUUGGGUGACAUUGUGAGAGAUGGCAUUUACUCUGCUUUGCAAGAAACUACAUCUCCUUCAUAAAGUAUAAAACAAACCAAAAAAGCAUGACAUCCAAAGGGACAAAGGGAUGAAGGGACAAAUGACUCGGCACAAUGGGAAUCUUACCUCUUGAAUAGCAGAAAGCAGAGAGAUUCAUGUUAUGUAUAUAAACCCCAGUUCCAGCCUAGUUGGAAAAGUGCUACAGCGCUCUAACCCCAGCCUGGGCUCCCCAUCACUUCCUAAAAACAGGGCUUGGUGUGUUCUCUGUGGGCAGAGAUCAAGCCAUUCGAGUAGUAGCCCUUGGCAUAAAAGUACAGCCGUAAUAUUUGGCCCAUGUUACAGAGAGGCAAUGAAAAGUUGACAUUUGUGAUCUUGUAAAAUGUUUGCCGUUCCCUAAUAAAGCCAGGCAUGGCAAAUCAGAAAGAGGAUAGCAGGGUCAAAGAUCCAUCAACCCCAAAAUACUGUUUCUUUCUCCUCCUAGAUCCACUUAAAUCAUUUGAGAAAGGUGCUCAUGCUUUCUCUGACCUCAGAAUGCGAUCUUCCUUGGCUGGUGAGAAGUAGCUGUAUCUUUUUAGCCCUCUUCAUUGUGUCUUUGUCAUGGUAGCAUGGUGGCUACUUUCCACAUGGGCUCAAAGAUGCUGCAGAUCAACCUAACCUUUCCAUGCAUGGUGGCUUCUGAGUCUUGGUGAUGCCUAAGUAAAUAUUCUGGAUAAAAUAACUACUCAGCACCAGUCUUCUUGGGACGCUUAACGCUCAGAAAAAAAAGGAAUUAAUUGAUGCCCUAGAGAAACUCAGUCUUCCAGCCUUGAUACUACUCUCAUGAAAGUACUUAACUUCCUUCCCUGCUUGUUUAAUGGAAAUGGGAAACAGCCAAUGGUAGUUACUUACCAGUCCUGGUUGUUUGGGGUUUUCUCUCGAUGGUGUGCACCCUGCAUGUUGUCACAUGCUCUCCAGGUAUACAAGAGAGGUUAUUGUUUGAAAGAUAACUUGGUGGCCUCGACAAUUUGGUGCUUUCUCACCCGUAGUCAGAGCACACUCUGAAAACAGACUAAAGGAAGCUCUCACUCUAUGUGAAGGUCAUGAGUGUCAAUGAGGCUGGAGUUUGAGGACAGGGAGCAGAGUGUAUGCUGAAGGGAGAGAAGCAAGAGGGGUAGUUACUUAUGGAACUUGGGGAGAGUUGAGGUCUCCGGAGGUGACAUCAAUUCAUGAGGAGGGAAAGGAUUUGAAGGCCAACUGGAAAAUGGAACCUCCCAAUUGCUGAGUUACCUGUAGGGAGGCCACCAAUACCUGCUCAUGGAAAUGUCCGGCUCCUGCAAUCUUGGUAUUAUUUUACCUGCCCAGUGGUUUGUGUCCCACGUUCUGGCAGCAGCAAAUCAUGGUGAUUUCAAAGGAACAAAAUACAAAGCAUGUGUUUUUUCUUUUAAUUCAUAAUUUGGCAAAUAAUAUCAUCUGCAUUUUUAAAUUUUACAAAUGUUUAUUUUUAUGUCUUUUAGAAUAGUCAUAAUUUCCUUGUUUCUCUGGCUUACCUCAUAUUUCCUCCAGUUGUCUUUAGUUUCAUGAAGUGUCAGCAGAGGAUACUUCUGUCACGAAACCCAAAGCAUCUGGGAUACCUCUCCGGGUUCCACCCAUGGCUCAGCUGCAGGCAUUGGGUUUAGGCCGAGAGUCCAGUUUUCACUGUUUGACUGGCCAAUUUAGCAUCUCUUUAGAACAGUGUAAAGUAUCUGGGCUUUGAAAGGAGAAGAGUUUAAACACACCUUAGCCUCUUUGCCUGUUAUAUGCAACUAAAACCUUUUCAUUUUUUAGAACAAGAGUUUUCAUUUUUCUUUCAAAAAAAUGGAUCAAGCUUAUCCAUGCCCCCAUGCCCUCCUCCUGAAGUCUAGAGCUGCUUGCAAUAUUGAGAAGUAUCAAAAACCUCAAUGCUCUGCUCCAAACCCAGGCAGUGAGGCAGUCGAUUGGCCUUUUCCUUUAAGGUAUUUUAUAGUGAGAAAGCAAAGAUUUAUUUUGCUCCUCUGCCCCUCCCUGGGGCAUGUGUAAAACUAACCUCUAUAGGAAAAUUAUUUUGUACUUUAAUUCUGUGAUUCAAAUGGAGUACUCCAAACUACACAGCCCAUCAGCUUUUGUCCUUUGGUCUCAGGAGGCUGGACUAUUGCGUGCCUUUGAUUUCAUUUCUUUUCAGUUCAGCGGCUUGGCUUACUGGUUUCCCCCUAAUGUAAGUGUCGGAGGUGGGACUUACAGCAAGGCCGCUGGAUCCACUGCUGACAUUCUUCUCAUUCUUCCAGUCAUUGUCUCAUCCUAAUGAGACCCCGUUCAGAGUCAAUGAUCUUAAGCUACUGCUGACUAACUAGGAGGAUGGUCCCCUGGAUGGAAAGACAGGAAAUUGGCCAGACAUUUAGGUUUCAGACAAAAAAUAGGAAGCUUCCAAAUACAUUUUUCUCCCUGUUCUGGGGCCAAAGAACUGAUGCAAAAUCUGUGGAAGGAAAUUAGAAAUUUUAGACCUCUAACUUUGACGUUCCUUUCUCUUUGGUGCAUAUAUGCUGUCCUGCAAAGACUGGUUUUCGUGUGGAAAAGGAUAAGACAGCCCAUGAGGAACUCCCUUUUCUGGAUCCCAGUUACCAUAUUGUUCCAGCAUCAGGUGUGGCAUCUCUGUGGCGGCAGAGAAAAGCCCACGAUGGCUUCUGAUCACUGGUUACUGAUGAUUGUACCUUCCCACAUUUUAGUUAUUGGCCAGUUUGGGGUAUCUCACCAGGAACCAAAAUGUCCAAUCUUGGUUUGAUUUUGUUUUCUUUCUAUCAUCAGAAGACCUCCUGUCCAUUGAAUCCUGUGCCAAAUGUUUUAUUUCAGAACCUGCUGUUGCCAUGGAGGUAUUCUACUUUAUAUGUAUAUGUUUUAUUUUAUAUUUAGGGGCUUGAGUUUUACUGUGUUGCCUCUAUGUCGGUUGGCUUUGGGGUGAUUAUUCAUGUUUUCAGUGCUAAUUUAUAAAAAAGGGAAAUCUGCUAGUCAUGGCUAUGUGAAGCCCCCAUUAUAGUAAAGUGAAGCCCCAUAAUACAGGGGCCUUUCAUAUUUUAUUUUUUUUUUCUUUUUUAAAACUGAUAAAGGAGGAUAAAGUCCAAAAUGGAAAUGGGUCAGUUGUGGGCAGCAAACAUACAGGCAAAGUGAACGUAUGAUGGCUGAGUUUCCUUGGAUGCUGCUCUUUUAUCUUGAUGCCUUUUUUAUUUACACACAUACAGCUAACUAGUAACCCUAUGAAAGGAGCAAGCCCAUUUAGGACCAGAUGACAUUUACUUAUUUAUUUUGUCUACUUAGAGUCAGAAAAGUGACUAUGGAAAGUGAUGCCCCUUUCCUGUGUCUCCAGUGGUGCCUGCAGGUCAUGAAGCCAUAUUUGCUUCCCUUUUAUUGACACCAGCAUAUCUUUUUCCUCUGGGCCCUAUGCCAAAGGGGAGCUUGACGGGGCCCUGUCCUGUUAAUGCUGCAGUGAGCAGAGUGUCAGCUAAAGUCCUCUUCUUUCUGAUGAGAUAUGGAGAAAUAUUCAAAUUGAAGGCGCUCCUUGGUGCUGCCAAUCAAAUCUAGUCCUCAGAAAUGAUCAGACGGGUCUAGAGAAGUCAACCAGGGGAGAGGAAACCAGGACACUCUUCGAAAGAGUCACUUUUCUGAUGAAAGUUGCACUUUAAGACAAAGAAAGAGUGGUGUCUCUGAAGAGCAGUAUUGCCUUAAAUUCGUUUGACUUCUCAGUCAAACAUAUCUUACUUCUUAACUGUGAGCCCCAACCAGCUCUAUUAUUUAUGCACCUGGAGGGUAGGGGCAGUCCCUUCAGUACUUAGGACAUCUUUCUUCCUCCUGGGAGUGGCAAGCAUGUUAUAAAUUGUACUGUUGUAUAGUUCAUCCCCAUUCAUUUCAUUUCUUUGAUCUUUCGAAUUGUUCAAUGAACAAGUACCUGUUGGAGGAAGAAAUUCAGUUCCAAUGUAUACACAAUUAUUAAGGGGCUAAUAGAUAGCAGUCACUAUUCUUGGUAAUGAGGAUACAGACAUCAAAAUGAAGCAGUCCCUGCCCUCAAGGAGCUUAUGUUCUAGUGAGGAGAUGCACGUAAACAGUAAGAAAAUACAAAAUGAACGAAUGCAGUGAUACCUUCAAGAGGUAGAAAUGUUCAGUGACCUGAGUCUCUCACAUUUCAGAUAAUCAGUUCAAAAUAAUGGAGUUUUGAUAGCACUCAUUAAGGCAUAUUUCUAAGUUCUUUGUUCUCUUUUUGAUGACUUCUUAUUCACCCUAGGGAGGUGGGAAUGAAUGAACUCAUUUUAUUUCAAGUGGAAGAAUUGUGAAUGUAAAGAAAACCCCACCCCCACCAUCACCAUUAUUCCUCAUGUGCAAAAACUGGCCAAACUUUUUUCUCAGAUGGAGUGAAGCCAAGUUUGAUUUGAAAUGUUCUAUUGGUGCCACAAAAAUACUACUGUGUAAAUAAUCACUUUCACCCACUAAAAUGUGUCUAAUUUAAAGUAUUGCUCACCUCAGUAUGCUGUGAAUGCCAUCCAGUAGUAUUGCCUGGUCUCACAUUCAUUAUUACUGUCAUAGGACUGGGAACUGACAGAACAGUUUGGCAAACUAUCUAGAGCUUUGCUUUUGUGAAGUAUUAGCCCUAACACACAUGUGAAGCAGGGAAUGCCUGUGUGUCUAUGCUUACUUUGCACACAUAAUUGCUAUUGAGGAGCUCACUUAAAGCAGUGGCAUGUUGAACAUUGUCUCCUGGUCAUCUGGAUUGUUCUGUGGAGGUUAGAUGACAAUUGAGUGACUAGAUGGGGCAAUCAUGCAGAGUUUCAGAACUGCUACCUUUCCAGACUCAAAGGGCAGCAAGGGGAUGCAUACUGGGAAGGGAAUGCUUUGACCCUGCCUGUAGGAGGAAUUUUGUUCUUACUGCAUGGGAUUUUAGUCCUACAGUAGCCCAGCAUCCUCUAAAGAGUUUCCAGCCAUUGGCUUUCAAAAAGCAUCUUUUAACUGCAGACUUCUUGUCCUGUUCUUGAUGAAAUGUUUCUCUGAGACUCCUGAAGCUGUCUCAUUGACCCUUGUAAAGCUUAAGCUGAAUUACCUAUUUCGGUAAGCACAACACAUCCGCAUAAGGCGUUAGUUAAAGCUUAUUGCCUGCUGGCUAAAAGUUUGAAUAAGUUUUCAUUUCUGAUGUGUUAAGCCUUGAAGGGAUGUGAGAGAAGGGGAGGGGGAGCAGCCUUUUAAAAUGUGGGUUCCUAGAAAUGGGGUUUUGAGAUGAACAUAUGUCUGCCUAAUGCUCUAGACUGAAAAGUUACUCCAUGAUGGAGUAACUGUGAGUUUCAACUCUGAAGUACAGGAAAUGGGGCAAGGGGAGGGCAUAAGGCAGACAUUCUUAGAAAUUAAAGUGUUCAGCUGUUACUCAGAUGUCUGUUUUCUUAGGCCCAGAAGCACCCUGACCUGAAAUGACUCACUACAGAUACUGUGAAAAGAUAUUUACAGAUUGUUCGGUGACUUAAAGGACCUCCAUGAAAUUUUAGGAUGUUGAAAUGUUUAAAAUCAGGAUGAAGCAGUAUCUGGAUGCCUCAGUGGUCACUCUGUAAGCACCAAUGCCAUGAGCAUCCUUGUAGGAUAUAUUUGAUAGUACUUAGGCCACAGGGAACAUGCAGAAACUAUGUUAGGGAUUUUCAGUAAAGGAACCCCUCCCAAACUAUGGUUUUGACCUACAGGAAAAUGUGGCUGUGAUGGACACAUGAUAGGUACAUUUAGAAGAAGCAGCAAUGAAUGCCUGGAUUUAAGGUGUCUUUUUACCUGCUGGCAGGUACAGAUGGACCUCCUUCCAUUCAUUCCUGCUUGGUGCCAUGGCCAGUAAGUUGAUUGUCAUACAACAUAUAUGAGACAUUUCCUUACUGAGAUCUUAAUAGGAAAAUUCUUGCUGCAGUGUUUGUGGCCCUGACCAGAUGUCUCCUGGAUGGCUGGGUGACAGAGCUUUGUUCAACAUCUUAUUUUAUUUACCCUUGCUUGAACUUGGGGCUUCACUCAGUGUAAAUUGCACACUUACAAUAACUCAUCUAUGCAAUCUCUCUCUCUCUCUCUCUCUCUCUCUCUCUCUCUCUCUCUCUCUCUCUCUCACAUUCUGAACAAGUCGUGUACUAUUUUUUUUAAUUAAGUCUGACAUUGAAUUUAAUGAAUAAUGUUUUGAACCAAAGGGUCAUAUGUGUGUAGACCAGCCUGCUUUGUUUCCUGAGGUGAACAUUAUUACAUUAUCGCCCUCUUCUCUUAAUAAAGUUGUCCUUUGGGUUAGCCACUGCA